CCCCCCUUUUUUGGGAUAUUUCACUUAUACGGAUCACCAACCUCCAGUGCGCGUGUGUGUGUGUACACCUCCCUCUCUCUCCCUUUUCUCCCCUUUAUUUUUUUCUCUCGCUCUCUUACCCCCCACCACCCCCAAAACACCUCCUCCUCCCCUCCCACGAACUGUGUGAUCCCGUGUGUGACAGGCGGACCCGCAGUUAAAGAUAUUAUCACUCGCGUCUCUCUUGCACCUUCUCUUGGAGGGUACUUGAGCGAAAACUGCGUUUCAACAUCUUCAAGCGGUUUCUGGUGGUUUUUAUUCACGGCAGAAAGGAGGAGAGAGAGAGGGGGGUAAAAGCUUGUUUCCAUGUUUGGGAUUCAGGAGAAUAUACAACGUAGCGGGGGCAGCAUGAAGGAAGAGCCGAUCGGAAGCGGGAUCAACGCUGUCCGGUCCUGGAUGCAGGGAGCUGGGAUAAUGGAUGCAAACACGGCCGCUCAAAGCGGAGUCGGCCUGGCCCGGGCUCAUUUCGAGAAACAACCGCCCUCCAACCUGCGCAAAUCCAACUUCUUUCACUUUGUGCUGGCUCUCUACGACCGCCAGGGUCAGCCUGUGGAGAUAGAGCGGACAGCCUUCGUGGGUUUCGUGGAGAAAGAGAAAGAAAUAGGCGGCGAAAAGACCAAUAACGGGAUUCAUUACAGAUUACAGCUGCUCUACAGUAAUGGGAUAAGGACGGAGCAGGAUCUGUAUGUUCGGCUGAUCGACUCAAUGACGAAACAGGCUAUCGUAUAUGAGGGACAGGACAAGAAUCCUGAAAUGUGUCGAGUCCUUCUGACGCAUGAGAUCAUGUGCAGUCGCUGCUGUGACAAGAAAAGUUGCGGCAACAGGAAUGAGACGCCAUCAGACCCAGUGAUAAUUGACAGGUUCUUCUUGAAAUUCUUUCUGAAAUGCAAUCAGAACUGCCUGAAGAAUGCAGGAAACCCAAGGGACAUGCGGAGGUUCCAGGUCGUUGUCUCCACAACGGUGAAUGUGGAUGGCCACGUGCUGGCCAUUUCUGACAACAUGUUCGUCCACAACAACUCCAAACAUGGUCGGAGGGCUCGAAGGCUCGAUCCCUCUGAAGGUACGCCCUCUUAUCUGGAACAUGCCACCCCUUGCAUCAAAGCCAUCAGCCCCAGCGAGGGCUGGACCACCGGAGGAGCCACUGUCAUCAUCAUCGGAGAUAAUUUCUUUGAUGGAUUGCAAGUCAUAUUCGGCACCAUGCUGGUGUGGAGUGAGCUAAUCACCCCACACGCAAUUAGAGUGCAGACCCCUCCCCGGCACAUCCCUGGUGUGGUGGAAGUCACACUGUCCUACAAGUCGAAACAGUUCUGUAAAGGGACUCCAGGCCGAUUCAUCUACACAGCUCUGAACGAACCCACUAUUGAUUAUGGCUUCCAACGGUUGCAGAAGGUUAUCCCCAGACAUCCGGGUGACCCGGAACGAUUGCCAAAGGAAGUUAUACUGAAGAGGGCGGCUGACUUAGUGGAAGCACUUUAUGGCAUGCCACAUAAUAACCAGGAAAUUAUCCUGAAGCGAGCAGCUGACAUCGCAGAGGCCCUCUACAGUGUCCCUCGGAACCACAACCAGCUUCCAGCCCUCAGUAACACGUCCGUCCAUGCAGGGAUGAUGGGAGUCAACUCCUUCAGUGGUCAGCUGGCGGUCAAUGUGUCUGAAUCCUCUCAAGCCGCCAAUCAAGGUUUUACUCGUAACACAAGCAGUGUGUCUCCGCAUGGAUAUGUGCCGAGUUCCACUCCACAGCAGACAAACUACAAUUCUGUGACAACGAGUAUGAAUGGAUAUGGAAACACUGGGAUGUCCAACCUCGGAGGUUCUCCUGGUUUUCUCAAUGGGUCUGCUGCCAAUUCGCCAUAUGCCAUAGUGCCGUCCAGUCCUACCAUGGCCUCCUCCACCAGCCUUCCUUCAAAUUGUAGCAGUACCUCUGGCAUUUUCUCCUUCUCGCCAGCCAAUAUGGUCUCUGCAGUGAAACAAAAAAGCGCCUUCGCUCCGGUGGUGAGGCCACAGACCUCCCCUCCCCCGACCUGCACCAGCGCCAACGCUAACAGUCUCCAAGCUAUAUCCGGCAUGAUAGUUCCUCCAAUGUAGAUAGAUCCCAUGCCUUGAAGACUGCAUCUAUAUGCUGACAAUUGCGAUGAAUUUUGGGCUCCUUGAGGAGAUGAGAUGCAAGUCCCACAGAUGAAUGGAACUUUUAACUCAGGCCUUUCAGAGAGGGAUUGUAUAGAGUUAAACAAUCACAGUAACACUUUUUAAAACCUUCAACCUUGCCAAUUCUGAUGAAUUGAAUGCAUGGUGGCAAUUUACACAUUAGGUCCCAUAUAUUUGAGUGGGGAAAAACUAAAAGAAAUUGUUUGUUCUAUGUUGACGAAUGUUCACUUUUUCCAAAUGCUUAAACCCAAUUUAUUCAUUUCAACAAAACAAUAAAUGCCUUUUAGAGUCAGUAAGUUCUGGAGAGAACACUGUAACAGAAUGUGAUGCUUAAUUUAUAACGAUUUGACUGAGAGAAACAAAAGUAUUUGAAGGUGGAUGAUCCGAGUAGUGAUAAUUAAUAGGUGGAAAAAUGUAGAGCGUUUAGAGUGUGAUAGUUGGUUACAACCUGUAGAAUUGCCAGUGGGGUUUUUAACUGUAAAUGGAUUGAAAGAUGCUGAGUCUAGAUAUCGCUGUGUCCAAAUUCAGCAUCAGCUGUUACAGUGCUAAUGCUGUUUCAUAGGAAACUCUUCUCUGCUUGUGGGCUGAUUGAACUGUAGAUAUAAAAAAAAAACCCAAACAAGACAUAGGAUUAGCAUGCAGCGACCCUACAAGUUUUAAUGAUGAUGGUUGGCAUCGUGAAACUUUAGUAAUUAACUGCCUGGUAGGGCAAAGCAGAAGGCAAAAAACCCUUGAGUGAUUUAAGAAGCAGUUAGAUGCUGGGACAGGAGGGGUUGAAAUUGUAGGUUCUUUCUAAAAAGGAUGAGCUGACUCAGGCUGAAUAGUUUUGGUCACUCGCAUCCGUCUCUUAAGGGGUGGGGAAGAGGGAGGCAUGAAGAAAUGGCAUCAGCUGGUGUUUUGGACUUUUCUUUGUGCUUUCUUCAUUGUGUUGCCAAUAUCAAUGCCAGCCAGUUACUGCUGUGCCCAACCCAUUGCCCAAACCUUGGCUUCGGUCAGGUCCGAUUGUCUUGUUUCUUUUUUUUAAAAAAAAGAAUAAUCAGGAGUAGGAAAUGCAACAAGAGAUAUUAUAACCAGCACUUCACGAACAAGGGUGUAUACAUUGUGAAGGACUUUGGAAAACGCAAUAUAGAUUUAGCUGCUGUAUUUACAGGGGUUGAAAGGUAGACAGAAUCAAAAGUACCAGUGCUGUGUGGGGACAAACAUGAAGGGGGAUUUUUUUUUUUAAAUUGCUAUUUUAUUAGCACUGUAUUGAGAAUGCUCUUAAUGUACUUUAUCGAGGAUCCAUCAGAGGUCUGAUGAUGCAUUAUCCAAUAAUUUUCAGCUAUAUUGUGUUUGUAUGUAGUUAUAAAUAUUGUAGAUUUUUUGUGAAUUUUUUCUUUUGCCAAAGUUGUUGUUUAAAUAUUUAUACAUUUCAAUGUCUUAAAUACAAUUUCCAAUAUUAACAAGGAAUUUUAUUGCAUAAACGUAUCUUUUUGCGUCCCAUUUUUCGUUGCUGCAAUGAGUUCACUACUAUUCAUUUUUUUUGCUUGCACAUCCUUGCGUAAUUAAACAUGUAUCGGUUUUAAAACAAGAUUUGUGUUUUUUUUGUAAAAUAUGCUUAUAAAUAAUGUAUUUAUCUUUGGAAAUUUGUACAUUGCUUUGUUUGGAUUGUGUUCUUUUCCCCAUUUGUUUAUUCCCUGGAUUAAUUUUAAUAUGUAAGUACGCUAAUACAUGGGAGGUGUCAACAGAGUAAGCCAUUUACAAUUGUACCUGAGUAAGAAAUUGUUUAAAUGUGAUUUUAAAGUUUUUGUUUGCGUUAUAUAUAUAUAUAUAUAUAUAUAAAUAUAUCAUAUUACAUUUUUUCCAAUCGAGUCGAUAUUGUGCUAAGUAUUGAUUUGGAACAUCCUUCCCUUUUUUUUAAAAAGUCAUGUCAAAAAAAAGCCAUCGUCUAUUUUUAUAUUUUUUUUUGUAAGUUGAACUGAAUUGUUAAGUUUUUUUAAAAAAUUUGUGUGGCAAAGAAAGGCAGCAUUUUAUUCAAUAGCAUUUACUUCUGUAGAUUUAAGAUGGUAAAUUUUGUUUUGCUGCAGCUUAUGAAAGGUAGCGCUGUUUUAAAUAUAGUAAAUAUGCAUGGGGUAUCCUCUCCACACUGGGCGAUGGCCACUUCUUUCCUGCAUUAAUACAGGGAAGAAAAAAAUAAUUUAAAAUAAAAUUUCCACCUGCUUGUAUUUCUCUCUCUCUCUCUCUCUCUCUCUUCCUCUUUCUCUUUGACAUUAAUCAAAAUUCUAUAAACCAGCAGUUCGGAUGCCUUAACAAUGCAAAGCUUGUUCAUUUCAGUAAAACAUUGUACCCUGAACCUGAAUUUUCAAGAAAAAAAAAAGAGAGAUCGUACAUUUAAAUAUUGUUAAAAUGAGGAGUUCUUUGUUUGUUGUUUUUUAAAAAAAGCACAAUUUUAACUGUUUUAUUACCCUGAGAAAUGUACAUCUUUUGUUGCCAUAUAACCCAUAAGGGGUGUGACAGUGCUGCAGUCACGCAAAGCUCCCAGUCUAAUAUUUCAAUGGCUUUACAAGGACACCUUGAGUCUCACUUGUGAUUUGAAAAAACAAAACAAAAAGAAGGAAUUUGAGGAUUUUUCUAAGGGGAUGAAUGAGGAACAAGCAAAAGCUGAUGCUUGGGAAAUGGAAAAGAUUUGUCAUAUUUUGACCAAGUGAUAUACUGUCCUUGUCCAAACCUCUUUUCAGUCUCCUCGGCUGAACUAGUGCAUACAUGCUUGAUAUCAGCUAUUGUGUAAGCACUGGUGAUGGACUAUAUAUAAAGGAGUCAACCGCAGACUUCAGACUUGAACACAGAAAUGAGAAGAAACCUUGGUGAUGGAAAACGUGAAGCAAUGCCUCCCAGUUGCCAAUAUCAGCCGUAGUCUCAUUUAAACUGAUUGCCUUCCACUUCCUUUAUGUGAACUGUUGGACACACUGUACAGAUAAAUGGUUAGACAAACAAACUACUGUAGAGAUUGUUAUAAAUUUUUUGCAGAAAUUUGAGCUGUAAAAAACUUUUCAACUUACACAAUAUUUAAUUAAAGUUACUUCUUGUCUGUGAA